CACACGCCUGUUGUACAUACACACACACACAUAUAUAUAGAGCAGCAGUGGUGAGAGUUGCAUCAUAGGUAGAAAAAGCUCUGAAAAAGCAUUCCGCCAUGUUCCGAUGUACGAGGCGCAUAUCGCACAAGUUCUUCUGCUCUGCAGCAGUCGAGACUGUGUCUGUUGUAUCUCGGCACGUGCGCGCGCGAAUCUUAUAACGGGUAACCUUUUCUAAAUGCACACAGUGCCCUCGCGAGCAGCAGUGGUGCAUGCGAGAAUAUUAUAGUCUGCUAGACUGCGAGUGCACGUAACUCUACGACGACGACGACGACGACGUGCGGUGCAUAUCGUACUCGUAUACAAGUACGGCUCUGUAAGCGCAUCCUUUUUUAUUUCUCUCGUUGUUGCAACAGUCGAAGACUGAGCGAAGGUCAGAGCGCCAACUAUUAUACCACUACACAUAUAGCCCGCGGCUCUCUCGCUCUCGCUCGUCGUUGCUGCUCAUAAUCGCGAUUCGCGAAGCUGCCGAGUGUGUCCGACGUUUCUCAUAGCAUACCUAUAAUAAGUGGCACACACGGUACUACAAUAUAAGUAAAGGCACGCGCGCGCGCGCGCAUCUACCUCUCACUUUCUCGUGAAUAUAGCUGCUGCUGCUGUUGCACGGCCAAGGAACUGGUCAACCGAAAGAAUUUCACGUUUUCUCUUUCGUUAUCGCGCAGCAUUCGAGAGCGAAAUUUCUCAUCUGCCGUAUAGAGGAAGGGACUUUUAUUCGCAGUUGCAGCUCUACGAUGCAAAUGAUGAUAAACGAAACUUGGUUGUUGGCAUUGCAUGACACACGAGCGAUAACGACGACGACGACGACGUCAACGAGUGUUGAAUUUAUAUAAUAAUAAUACAAAGUCAAACUUGGUCGUUGUCGCUGAGAUCUCAAACAAACGCAUUCGCUCGGACGCGCUGAGCUGAGCAUCGAGUGAAAUUUAGGACAGAAGAGAAAGCUCCUCCGAUACUCCAUCCACCACAGUGUUGUGAGAGACUAGUGUCGGUUCUGCGCGCGUGUGUGUGUGUAUACGCUGUGGACGUUUAAACGAGCCGUCAAUAAGGUGCACGGUCAGUGCGUAAACACCUAUCCUCGCGUUCUGCUGCUAUAUACGUAUAUUACUCACACACGUGAGAGUAUCUCUCGGCGAGUCAGUAUAUCUGCGAGCGAAAGAGUGGCAGUGAGGGACACGCGGGGGAGAAAGAGAGAGAGAGAAGCUCUCCCAUCGUCAACCUUCGAGUGCUAGUCGUCUUUGCUCUCGCGCGCACCUCUGCUGCUCUACGUCGCGCUCGACACACUCAGUAUUUACCUGCGCGCUAGAGCGAGCGAGUCGACGACGACGACAGCGAGCCCAGUCAGUCAUCGAUAAUAACAUCUAAAAAGUCAUAAUACGGUCAAGCAAGCCAUCGGCAGCAGUCAGCACCAUGUCUCUGGUGAACAAGUCCAUGCAGCUGGGCCUGCUGCAGCUGCGCAACCUGGCCGCGGCGGCGACCACGACCUCACCCUCGUCCUCCACCUCGUCCCAAGUUCUGUUGUGCAAUAACAAGAAAUUAUACAGUGUCGUGAGUGCCGACAAUAAGCGCGCCGCCGAUCUCAUGAUGGACCAGCAGAGCAAGCAUCAGGUGUCGUACGGCAAGACCAUCGCCAGUCAACGCCACGACUGGAAUCGGGCGGUCAACGAGGCCGAGAAGGUCGUCGGCUAUCCUACCUCCUUCCUCAGUCUCCGGUGGCUACUCAACGACGAGACGGCCAAUGUAGCGCUUCAUUUGAGAAAGCUCGCCGGUACCAAUCAUCCCUUGCUCAAGGCUGCGAAGAAUCUCAUUUACAAUGGUCAUAAUAAUAUGCAAGCAUGGGGACUCAUCGUUCUACUCAUGUCCAAGGCUGCUGGGCAGUACAAUGUUACCAAUGAACAAGACAUUGAUAGGUCUGUUGGAGUUUUGCACAGUCAACGAACAUUAGCAGAAAUAACAGAGAUGAUACGUACCAGUCACUUGGUACACAAAGGCUUAGUCAACAUGCGCAAGUCAGACUUUCCUGACCCAGCUGAGCACGAAGAUAUGACUUUUGGCAACAAAAUUGCACUACUCACUGGAGAUUACUUAUUAGGGCAUACAAGUGUAGCACUGGCUGGACUUAAAAAUCAAGAAUUGGUAGAACUAAUAUCAACAGCAGUAAAAGAUUUGUCAGAAGCAGAAUUUGUAGCUAGAAGAGACAGUCAAAAUAAUAUCUUACCAUCCAUACCUUCAGCUGAUCGUACAAAUUAUGCAAUCAAUGAAUGGACACUGCAAAAUGUAUUAAGUGGUGCUUCUCUUCUUGGUAAAUCUUGCAAGGGAGCAUUGAAAUUAGCUGGUCAUAAUGAAGAAAUGCAAGAGCAUGGUUUUGUAUUUGGAAAACACUUGGCUCUAGCCUGGCAGGCGGCAAUCGAUUUGAGCCCAUUCAUCACCAGAGACAGUAGCACACCCUUCAAUCUGUGCUCGGCUCCGGUUCUAUUCCACAUCGAACACGACCCAUCGCUGCUCGUAGAGAUCGACAAAGGACUCGAAUCUAUCGAAAAUGUUGACUACCCGAAGAUCUACGAGACGGUGUUCAACGGACCAGGCAUCGAACUCACGAAACAAAUGCAGCGUGACCACUCGCAGAGGGCAAUGGACCUGUUGAGCGUGUUCGACGAGAGCGAAGCGAAAACGGCUCUAGCCAAUAUUAUUUACGCAAUGGGAGGUCUUUAAAUGUGCAAGCGUGCUUGUAAUUAUUAUUAAUUAUUAUAGCUAAUCGUUAUUGUUGGUAGAUGAUAAAAAAAGAAAUGUUUUAACUAAUUAUAUAAUUCAACGAACGAAUGCUUUCUCGCGAUUCAUCGGCUGAAAGUAUCACUUUUUUUUUCUUAGCGAAGUCAAUCAGAAGUGUUAUUUUUCGCCUGAAGAAUUCACGAUAAUCGUUAUACGUGGCAAGGGAGUGGAGAGAAUGUUUUUUCGCCGACUCUCUCUUCUUUGACGCUUCGCAUGGCUAUUACACGAAUACAAGCGGAGAAAAAGAUCGCGGUUACCACUUUUUUUCUUGAUUUUUCUUUUUUGGAAGUAGUCGAUGAAAAAUUCAAGAAAAAAAGAAAUAUUGUUGAUAAAUUU